AUGGAGUCCCGCCGCACAAUAUCCGAACUGUUCGACGGGGCGAGCAGGGACCUCGGGCGGGUCCUGUGCAUCAUCACCGGAGCCUCGCGGGGCUACGGGCGCACGCUGGCCCUCCAGGUGUCCGCCCUGGUCCAACCCGGCUCCGCUCUGGUCCUGGUGGCGCGUUCCGAGGAGCGUCUCAGGGAGCUGCAGGCGGAGAUCCAGGACUCGGGCGCCGGCGCGGGGGCGGCGGGGGUGGCGGGGCUGGCCGUGUGCUGCGUGGGGGCGGACCUGAGUAAGCAGGAGGGGCUGGCCCACACAGUGAGGAUGGCGAAGGAAGCGGGACGCCUGGAUGUUGAUCACUUGCUGCUGAUCAACAACGCUGUUACUCCCCAACCCUGUCUGUUGGCGUUUCCACGGCGACAGGGCCUGUGGCGGACCGUGGUGAACCUCAGCUCCCUCUGUGCACACACACACACACACACACACACACACACUCAGGCGUUCCCCUCCUGGGUCCUCUACUGCACCGGCAAGGCCGCCCGCAACAUGAUGUUCCGUGUGCUGCGGGCGGAGGAGGAGCCUGACGUGAAGGUGCUCAACUACUCCCCCGGUCCCCUGGACACAGACAUGCAGACGCAGGCGCGCUGCUCCUCGGGGGAUCUGGAGCUGAGGGACUCCCUCUGCUCCAUGUUUCUACAGGGCCAGCUGCUGAGCUGCGGGGAGUCCAGCGCCAAGCUCAUGAGGCUCCUCCUGGAGGACGACUACCCCUCCGGGGCCCAGGUGGAUUACUACGAACUGUGA